AUGGGUGAACCCGUGGCUGAAAUGUGUGAUCAGCUCAUCAAAGCUGUGAACGUGAUGAUGGACGUGGAAUCUAGCCAAAUAUAUCGUCUGGAGGCCCUAAAGGUAUCUUGAUGGCUAGAUGCUAGCUUGCUAACGUUAGCUGGUAAGGUAGCCAGCAGAUGGGUAGUUAACUAGAUAGCUAACGUCAGAUGGCUAGCAUCCAUAAUGUUACCCUUCCCAUCAUGUUGCCAGCUGCGGAUUUCAUUCAUUGCACACCGCUAGCUAGCUAGAGCCAUUGCUGCUGCCUAAUGCCCAAACUGAAUGCAAGAUCAUCUAACGUAAUGCCAACCAUUUAGCCUAGUUAUAUUGAUUGCGUUGGAUCAGCUGAGUUAUGCAUUGUUUUGAGACCUUCUUACUAGAUUUCUAGCUAUCUAGCAGCCAGCCAGCUGCUGGCAAGCUUUACCUCCUAAUUAUCUAUGUAAAGCUCCAUAAACUACAUUGAUAGCUAUGACGGAUAUCAUUGCAAGUUCACCAUUUUGAUGUUUUAUUCAUCCAUACAUGUGAAUGACUUUGUACUACACCUAUCUGGCUAGGUAGAUACAGUAGUUAACUGAGUGCAUAUUAUUAACUUGUCUCUUUUUUUCUUUUCAGUUUUGUGAAGAAUUCAAAGAGAAGUGUGCCUUCUGUGUCCCAUGUGGGCUACAGUUAGCAGAUAAAACUCAAACAGCAGUGGUGAGGCACUUUGGUCUACAGAUACUGGAGCACGUCAUAAAGUGAGUAUAUGAGUAUAUUGGACAUUGUAUAAUUCACACAGUUCUCCUCAAUGACAUUAAGACAUCCCCCUACACAUGUGCCAAUGUGUUCCCCAAAACCUUGUUGUUUUUCUUCAUGUUGAGAAUAGGUUCAGAUGGAACAACAUGCCACAGAAGGAGAAAGUCCAGCUGAAGAACUGUGCUAUGGGUCUAUUGUCAUCUGUGAGUCAGUUUGGGUGAUAAACACCCUGUUAGUGUCUUUAUUUCUCUAGAAAAAGUAUGUGGCUGAUAAGAUGACAAAUGGAAUUACUGGUGGUCUGUCGACCCAAUUACAAAUAUACUUUUAAAAAACACACACAAAAAACAUUGUUGUGUGAUCAGUUAGAUGUACAUUAAUGAAUAUGCAGACACUAGUCUGUUCCCUGACUCUGGCACACUGCUUCCCUCUCCAGGGCACCUAUCCUAUCCUGGAGGAGGAGAGCUACAUCAAGGAUGUUCUCUCGCGGAUCAUAGUGGAGAUGAUCAAGAGAGAAUGGCCUCAGCACUGGCCUGACAUGCUGAAGGAGAUGGAGGCACUCACCAGCGUAGGGGUGAGUCGGCACGUUCCCGUUCAGUGUUUCCCCUAGGUUUUUAUGCUGGCGGGGUGCCAAGGCCCCCGGAGCAACUUUCAGGGCUGAAAACAUCAAAGCAUUCCUCCCCCCCAGGAGGCCCAGACAGAGCUGGUGAUGUUGAUCCUGCUGCGGCUGGCGGAGGACGUGAUCACCUUCCGGACCUUGCCCACCCAGCGUCGCCGGGACAUCCAGCAGACCCUCACCCAGAACAUGGAGAGUAUCUUUAGCUUCCUGCUCGCCAUCCUGCAGCUCCACGUCGAUGAGUACCGCAAACUGGUAAACAGACAAUGGUUACAUCUGUCUGUCGUUCCCCAAAACAUUUGCAGAAGUGUUUUUGACUUAUUUUAUUGAUAUUUUAUUUUUGUACCUCUUCCAGAAAAGAAUACCUGGCCAAGAAUUGCAGGUAGGAAAGUGUUUUUGAUGUACUACAUCCACUUUCUGAUUUUUUUAAUAUUCACAUUUAGACACCCAGCUAAAGAGACUUCUCUGUUCUGUUUUAUGCGUGUUACCCCCCCCUCCCCCCCUCUCUCUCAUCUCUCUCCCCUCCCUCUUCUUCUCUCCCCCUCUCCACCUGGUCAGGCCAAGGCCCACUGUCGUGUAGGCGUGGCUACUCUAAACACCCUGGCAGGCUACAUAGACUGGGUGGCCCUGGCAAACAUCACCAGUGACAACUGUCGCCUGCUGGAGAUUCUCUGUCUGCUGCUCAGUGAGACAGAGCUGCAGCUGGAGGCUGCCGAGUGCCUGCUCAUCGCCAUUAGCCGCAAGGUUAGUAUAGACUACACAGUACUAGACACUCCCCUUUCUGCAGUCACCCCUUGAAGGACCUGACACUCCCCCUUUCUCUCCAGACACUCCUCCUUUCUGUCCAGACACCCAAUCUACAAACACGCCUCUUUCUGCAGACGGACUCUGUAGGACCAGACCAGAUAUUUUUUCACGACAUUGUUGUAAUGUAAAAUGCAGGUCUACAUCUACUGUAUUAUUAGUCAGGUACAUCAUAGGGUUGUGAAAACUGUUGUCAUCUUAACGUGCUUGGUGUGUCUCCUCAGGGGAAGCUGGAGGACAGGAAACCCCUCAUGGUGCUGUUUGACGACGUCGCCAUGCACUACAUCCUGUCUGCUGCACAGUGAGUACAUUCCCCUCAUCACCCAUAAGGCCUUGGUUUACACAGCAGCAUUACUAGCUCAUUCUGGCUUCUAAUUCUCAUCGGUUUGUGGCUACAGGUUUGCAAAUGGAGCUGCAAUAUGCAACAAAUCCUCUCCAACACAGUGAGUAGCCUACACAUUUUGGUAUUCAGCGUCAGAGUUCUUGUCCAGCUUUGGUAUUUAGCAUUUGAGCUCAUACGGCUUGGUCCUUUUUUCUUUCAGUGAAGUGUGCUGCUAUGCUUAAAAAUGCCCUUUAAAUAAAGUUUAAUUUGAUUUCCCCCCAGGCCAGAGGGGACAGGGUUGGUGGAGACACACUACAUCUUCCUGAAGAGGCUAUGUCAGGUCCUGUGUGCCCUGGGCAGCCAACUCUGCUCAUUAGUGGUGAGUCUGGCUCAGGGUUUCCGUUAGGAAAAUGUGGCGCCGGACAACUUGACCGGGAAGAUAUUAAUUUACCAGCCAUUUGAGAAAUGUUCCAGACCCAUAAGCAUUGGGUGCAUAACCCAUUAGGGUAUCCACCUAAGGUGCUCAGAAUGACACAUUUAGAUUGUGGUAAUGCAUCUUAACAGAACUAAUUUAAUGAAGCAGCCAAUAAAACGCAUUUUCAAACAUUUACCAAAAUGCAAUUCACGGGAAAACACCAUUCUAAACAGCGCACCUGGGAAAACACAGUUCUAAACAGUGCACCUGUUAGUGGUUCCAUAUGUGACAGAGAUGAAAAUCUCUGUUAAAUUAAAAAGAGGGGGAAUCUAAAGAUGUGUUGCUAAUAUGACUGUUAUGAUAAGUUUCUGGUAUCGAGAAGUUCCAGAUGAAAUAAUAUACUUAAACAAUUAUAUGGAGAGUUGAUACAAACUAUUUAUUUGAUUACGGUACCGGGUUUGUUUAACAAAUGGCACAUGCUUUGCCUCUUGUCAUCUGAACUCUGGACAAAGGAAAUCUCUGUUUAAAUACUUCAUUUUACACGUUUCUUCAACCACAUCUGUUAACCAUCCAUGGGCACUCCCCAGUCUGAUGGUACCAGCUUGUACCCAAGUCAGUAUAUUAUAUCUAUCAAUCAUUCUAAGAUAAACCCCAGUAAGCUCCCUCGACAUACUGGAAUCCUUGGCAUUCAGACUCUGUGGCACCAAUAAUUAUCUAUCUAACAGAUUUAACUUUGUUCCCACAACACUAUGACAAUACGUUAUAACAAUGACUAGGAUUGUUGAUAUGAAAACCAAUAGAACAGGAGAGAAAUGGCAUAGCGGUGGGUCCAAUAGCGAAGUAAAUGGAAAUAAAUUUGCCAAAAUUAUAUAAUUACUCCUGUCUAUACAUAAAAUACUUCACCAGAAAGCAUGACUUAGCCACAGAGGAAUCUAGCUUUAAAAAAAAUAAAUAACUGUGGAUUGUUUCAAAUCACAAGCUGAUAGGCCUGUGCUUAUUUGGGAAGCCCGCAAUUUGGGCAGCGUGCGUGACAAUAGCCCUAGCUGAUUAUUGAACAUGCGGCUGUCAGUGAAAAGCACCUAAAAUAUGUGUGAAGAUAAUGUGUCUUGAGUAUAACUUAAAAUGUUGAGACGAGAAGAAGGGGAGGGGUGUGUGGCGAAGAGAUAGGCGAGUCUCUCCAGAACGGCUCUGCUGUCUCCUGUCAAUACUUGCACAUUCAAUGUGUGAAUUGUUUACUUUUUACAUUACAUUUUAGUCAUUUAGCAGACGCUCUUAUCCAGAGUUAGUGAGUGCAUAAUUUCUUUUCUUUUUUUUAUACUUUGUCCUUAGAUUUUUUUUAAAUCAAUUUCCCAUGACAUAUGUCACCAGUAGUAAAUGUACCGUUAAUCCUGUAAUUUGGUUACAUUCAUUUCUGUUAAUGCAUGUAUUAAUUACAGUCAUUUACUAUUCUCAUUCUUGGAGUGGAAACGUUGUUUGCAGAGUUCACAACCUGCUACACUUGUGAAAAACAAGUUUUGGUUUAUUUCAUAAUCAUCAUUUAUGAGAUUUGUAAAUUUUUUCAUUGUCUUUUUGUUUGAAGUGCUCCAUGUGAGCAAUGAGCGUGUGUCUGGUUUCUCUGUCCUAAUAAUGUUGUGGGAGCACGCGCUUGAGCACGCAAGUACCAGGCCCGCUGCGCAGAAAUGUAGGAAAGUGUUAUUUUUUAACAUUCAUUGCUAAUGAUAAUAUAUUAAAACUAUAGUUCCUCACAGGAAGCUAUUUGAAAAAUCUUUCCAAUCUCCCCCUCGAUAAUCACCAAUCCUUGAAAGAGCAAUGGAAGUUAUAGACCUACUGCUGCAUUGGCCUAUAGGCUAUGAGUUCCAUGCGCUCAUUUCUUUAGCCGCCAAUGGUCAGUCUAUCAAUGUUCCCAUAUGGCAGAGGUUGGUGAUCUCACAUUAGUUGACCUUUUAGAUUUUAAUCAUUUUAAUUCAGAUUUUUAUGAUUAACCACUUGACAAUGAUUUUGAAAAAUUGAAAAGUUAUUAUUUGGAAUGAAACUGUUCCGGGCCUCCCGAGUGGCGCAGCGGUCUAAGGCACUGCAUCGCAGUUUUGCGGCGUCACUACAGCCUGGGUUCGAUCCCAGGCUGUGUCAUUACCGGCCGUGACCGGGAGCCGCAUAGGGCGGCACACAAUUGGCCCAGCGUCGUCCGGGUUAGGGGAGGGUUUGGCCGGGAGGGCUUUACUUGGCUCUAGCGACUCCUUGUGGCGGGCCGGGCGCCUGCAGGCUGAUUUCAGUCGUCAGUUGAAAGGUUUUUCCUCCGACACAUUGGUGCAGCUGGCUUCCGGGUUAAGUGAGCGGGUGUUAAGAAGUGCGGUUUGGCGGGUCAUGUUUCGGAGGAUGCAUGACUCGACCUUUGCCUCUCCCGUGCCUGUUGGGGAGUUGCAGCGAUGAGACAAGAUCGUAAUCACGAAAUUGGGGAGAAAAAUUACAAAAAAAUUAAUUCAUGUAACUGUUCCACCAAAAUGCAGAUAUGAAAAUCAUAACUGGCAUCCAGAACAGUAGAAAUGGUAGGAUAAAUUGUAAGCUUCCCCAAAUGUGAAACUCACGCGCCGCCUAUGAAGUCUUUAUAAAAUAAUUGCCUCCAUGUUUCCAUGGUGGGAUUUUGCCUGUAGGCUACUUUGAAGCAAGGUAAGACAUGCCUCAUAAUAUGAAAUAAAACAUUCAGGUUUCAAACAAUUAAGUAUGUUUUCAAAAUGCAUACUGCCUCCAGCUCACAUUGUAAAGUGGUGGAUGAUGCGCUGAUAGCCUGUUUCCUGCACUUGAAUGAUGAACGGGAGGCGCGCUUUAAUUACCAGAAAUAAAAAUAGUAGCUCUUUUUAAUUGUGCACCAAAACAGUUUUUAACAUGCGAUUUUAUUUAGAAUUAUUGCUCAAUGAAUGGGCUUUUAAAAGCACAUGUUUUACUCCAGCAGCAACCAGCUGAGGAGCAGCAGGAGAAAUCCAUCUCAAAAUGGUUCUGUAUGCUGUGAUAGUUGAGUUGGAUAAGUAAGAUACAUGAUGACUAACGAAUACACACAGGCCAAUUUAAUUCCACUAAAUAAUGCAAAUUAACCUAUAGACCGAAAAGCAUGAUGGUCAAAUGUAUUUACAUGGACUUAUUUCCAUCAAUGAAUAAAAAGCAUUAUUUUGCAAUUAGGAUCUUUUUUCUCUUGGUUAUUUUGGCGGGCAACAGUUUCAUUAGCUCUUUUUUUUUUUUUUUGUGGGCCAAAAACAGUUAAGAAAAAAGUACACGUGGGUGUCUUGAUCUGUCGUUUGUCCUAUGUGUUUCUAAUGCAGGGUUCAGAUGUGGAGGUAGAGGUACCUGCAAACCUUAGCAAGUACACAGAAGCAUUCCUGGCCUUCACCACACACCCAAGCCAGGUGAGUUACCUACUGUUAAAAUAAAGUACCAGCCACAGCCUCUCGAUACAAAUCCCAUACAGCUAGUUUCUUCAUAUCCUCCUUUGUCAAAUCUGGGCCUCGAGCACUGAACGUUAAGACGUAGUAUUCUUAAAUGUUUUGAUUUGUUCUGACAAUCUACCCUACUCUGAACUAAAGUAUUUCUUUGUCUUUUCCCACCAGUUCCUUAGGUCUUCCACCCAGAUCACGUGGGGAACCCUGUUCAGACAUGAGAUUCUCUCCAAGGAUCCUGUUAUCAUCCAGAUGACCAUCAAGUACUUUAGAGCCACCAUGACCAACCUAGUCAAGGUGAGACGGGCUACAAUGUACGUGCAUCCAAGACUUUGUGCAGUUGCACAUUAAAGCAUCAAAAUGUUCAUUCGAAGAAGUGAGCACAAAUUAUAAAUCCAAAAUAUAAAUUAUGACAACUACACGGAAAGGUUUAGCUCUUCCACUAUGUGUGCUUUGUCUCUACAUGCUAUGGCAAGGUUCUUUUAAUUAUAUUAAUUGAUAUUCUUGUGUUCCUCCUGCUAGACUGGUUUUCCUUCCAGGAAUGACAGUCCCAGCUGUGAGUACUCCCGUCAUGACUUCGACAGUGAUGAAGACUUCAACUCCUUCUUCAACUGUAAGUAAUGUGACUCCUAUUUUAUUUGAAUACUUUAGACUUAAUAAAUAUUCAUAUAAUUUAUUUUUGUUGCCAUUGAAUAAUGUUUUUUGCAUUUCGUUCCUACUGAUCAUGACCCUGAUGCUUGUGUCCGUGUUCCGAUGUCUUCCAGCGUUCCGAGCGCAGCAGGGGGAGGUGGUCCGGAAUGCGUGUCGUAUUGUCCCCUUGGAGGCCUUCCAGAUUGCAGCAGAGUGGCUGCAGUAUCAGAUCAGUACGCCGAUCGACAUCGGAACCACUGUGUGUACGUGCUGCUUCUUGACUGUGGCGAUCUGGGGGGGGGGGUGUCACUGUGAUGGUGAAUGUGUCAGUAUGAAACUGAUUGAAUGUCUUUGUGGAGUCCAUGAGGGGUUAACACAAACCACGAGCCAAAGCACGCAGACUACCACAAGAGUAGGCUAUGGGAGUAGGGCCAUUAGUAUGUUUCCAGGUCAAUGCAGCUGAUUGCUCAAAUCAAGAGUUAAUUCAUAUCGAGGAAGGAGGGGUUUGAGUAGGUUCUUAAAGAGGAAAUGCUUCUUAAUUUGUAUGAGGUGAGUUCUCACUCUUAUCAAACAAUAGAUUCAUUCUUGUAACAAUUCUUUGAAAGGAAAUUAUGCUGGCACUAAGACCGCUCUCAACGAGCUCUAUAAGGCCAUAAGCAAACAAGAAAGUGCUCAUCCAGAGGCGGCGCUCCUAGUGGCUGGGGACCUUAAUGCAGGGAAACUUAAAUCCCGUUUUACCUCUAUUUCUACCAGCAUGUUAAAUGUGCAACCAGAGGGAAAAAAAACUCUAGACCACCUUUACUCUACUCACAGAGAUGCGUACAAAGCUUUCCCUCGCCCUCCAUUUGGCAAAGCUGACCAUAAUUCUAUCCUCCUGCUUACAAGCAAAAACUAAAGCAGGAAGUACCAGUGACUCGCUCAAUACAGAAGUGGUCAGAUGACGCAGAUGCUAAACUACAGGACUGUUUUGCUAGCACAGACAGGAAUAUGUUCCGGGAUUCUUCUUCUCCGAUGGCAUUGAGGAGUACACCACAUCAGUCACUGGCUUCAUCAAUAAGUGCAUCGAUGACGUUGUCCCCACAGUGACCGUACGUACCCCAACCAGAAGCCAUGGAUUACAGGCAACAUCCGCACUGAGCUAAAGGGUAGAGCUGCCGCUUUCAAGGAGCGGGACUCUAACCCGGAAGCUUAUAAGAAAUCCCGCUAUGCCCUCCGACUAACCAUCAAACAGGCAAAGCGUUAAUACAGGAUUAAGAUUGAAUCGUACUACACUGGCUCCGACGCUCGUCGGAUGUGGAAGGGCUUGCAAACUAUUACGGACUACAAAGGGAAGCACAGCCACGAGCUGCCCAGUGACACGAGCCUACCAGACAAGCUAAAUUACUUAUAUGCUCGCUUCGAGGCAAGCAACACUGAAGCAUGCAUUAGAGCAUUAGCUGUUCUGACGACUAUGUGAUCACGCUCUCCGUAGCCGAUGUGAGUAAGACCUUUUAAACAGGUCAACAUUCACAAGGCCGCAGGGCCAGACGGAUUACCAGGACGUGUACUCCGAGCAUGCGCUGAACGACUGGUAAGUGUCUUCACUGACAUUUUCAACCUGUCCCUGACUGAGUCUGUAAAACCAACAAGCAGACCACCAUAGUCCCUGUGCCCAAGAACACUAAGGUAACCUGCCUAAAUGACUACCGACCCGUAGCACUGACGUCUGUAGCCAUGAAGUGCUUUGAAAGGCUGGUCAUGGCUCAAAUCAACACCAUUAUCCCAGAAACCCUAGACCCACUCCAAUUUGCGUACCGCCCCAACAGAUCCACAGAUUAUGCAAUCUCUAUUGCACUCCACACUGCCCUUUCCCACCUGGACAAAAGGAACACCUACGUGAGAAUGCUAUUCAUUGACUACAGCUCAGCAUUCAAUACCAUAGUGCCCUCAAAGCUCAUCACUAAGCUAAGGACCCUAGGACUAAACACCUCCCUCUGCAACUAGAUCCUGGACUUCCUGACGGGCUCCCCCCAGGUGGUAAGGAUAACAACACAUCUGCCACGCUGAUCCUCAACACGGGGGCCCCUCAGGGGUGCGUGCUCAGUCCCCUCCUGUACUCCCUGUUCACCCAUGACUACAUGGCCAAGCACGACUCCGACACCAUCAUUAAGUUUGCCGACAAAACAACAGUGGUAGGCCUGAUCACCGACAACGAUGAGACAGCCUAUAGGGAGGAGGUCAGAGACUUGGCCGCGUGGUGCCAGGAUAACAACCUCUUCCUCAAUGUGAUCAAGACAAAGGAGAUGAUUGUGGACUACAGGAAAAGGAGGACUGAGCACACACCCAUUCUCAUCGUCGGGGCUGUAGUGGAGCAGGUUGAGAGCUUCAAGUUCCUUGGUGUCCACAUCACCAUCAAACUCUCAUGGUCCAAACACACCAAGACAGUCGUGAAGAGGGCACGACAAAGCCUAUUCCCCCUCAGGAGACUGAAAAGAUUUGGCAUGUGUCCUCAGAUCCUCAAAGUUCUACAGCUGCAACAUCGAGAGCAUCCUGACUGGUUGCAUCACCGCCUGGUAUGGCAACUGCUCUGCCUCCGACCGCAAGGCACUACAGAGGGUAGUGUGUACGGCCCAGUACAUCACUAGGGCCAAGCUUCCUGCCAUCCAGGACCUCUAUACCAGGCAGUGUCAGAGGAAGGCCCUAAAAAUUGCCAAAGACUCCAGCCACCCUAGUUAUUGACUGUUCUCUCUGCUACCGCACGGCAAGCGGUACCGGAGCACCAAGUCUACGUCCAAAAGGCUUCUUAACAGCUUCCACCCACAAGCCAUAAGACUCCUGAACAGCUAAUCAUGGCUACCUGGACUAUUUGCAUUGUCGUCGUCGUCCCCCCCCCAGCUGCUGCUACUCUCUGUUUAUUAUCUAUGCAUAGUCUCUACCUACAUUAAUUAUUUGUUAUUUUUACUUAUCUAUUUUUUACUUAACACUUAUUUUUCUUAAAAAUGCAUUGUUGGUUAAGGGCUUGUAAGGAAGCAUUUCACUGUAAGGUCUACACCUGUUGUAUUCGGUGCAUGUGACAAAUAAGAUUUGAUUUGAUGGGUCAAGAGAAACUGGUGAUGCCGGUUAACUAAUUAGUUAAUUAGCCUAUAUACUCUCUCUCUUUCUCCCCUUUUUACCUCUCCCGACUCUAUUUUUCUCUCUCUUCCUCCUUUUCUUUCCAGCUAAGACGGCUGAGGGGCUGUGUUCUAUCCUGUCUCCGGCAGCGGUCCAGUGGGAUGCUAUGACCUUCUUUACAGAGAGUGUUGUGGGAAAGAUCUUCAAGAACGUGGAGGAUGAGGUACGAGUAAUGUUUAUGGCUACCCACAGCGGAGAGAUGGAGAGAGCAAAACUAGAGAGUGAGGGGGUAGAGAGGGCAGAUUGUGAACACUGCCAGGCGGGUGCCCUUGAUGGCAAAAAUGUGUAGGUAUUUUUGAAAGACAAAACUAUUGAUUUGAUAUUUUUUUGCAUGGCUCAAGAACAUAAACAAGUGUUGGUGUAACUUUAUUUGAAGAGUCUGUAACAAACCAUGUAUGAGUCAUUUAUAAGGCAGUCACAAACUGUUCACAAUUUAUUAAUUAUUACUCCUACAUUUGUAAAAGAAGGUAGUUAUUCACACAAAAAAAGAUAGAUAGAUAUAUACUGAACAAAAAUAUAAAUGCAACAAUUUCAACGAUUUUACUGAGUUACAGUUCAUAUAUGUAAAUCAGUUAAUUGAAAUGAAUUCAUUAGGGCCUAAUCUAUGGAUUUCACGACUGGGCAGGGGUGCAGCCAUGGGUGGGCCUGGGAGGGCAUAGGCCCACCCACUUGGGAGCCAGGACCUCCCACUGGGGAGUCAGGCCCAGCCAAUCAGAAUGAGUUUUUCCCCACAAAAGGCUGUAUUACAGACACAAAUACUCCUCAGAUUCAUUAGCUGUCCGGGUGUCUGGUCUCAGAUGAUCCCGCAGGUGAAGAAGCUGGAUGUGGAGGUCCUGGACUGGCGUGGUUACACGUGGUCUGCGGUUGUGAUGCUUGUUGGACGUACUGCCAAAUUCUCUAAAACAACGUUUGAGGUGGCUUAUGGUAGAGAAAUUAACAUUAAAUUGUCUGGCAACAGCUUUGGUGGACAUUCCUGCAGUCAGCAUGCCAAUUGCACGCUCCCUCAAAAGUUGACAUCUGUGGCAUUGUGUUGUGUGACAAAUCUGUACAUUUUUGAGUGGCCUUUUGUCCCCAGCACGAGGUGCACCUGUGUAAUGAUCAUGCUGUUUAAUCAGCUUCUUGAUAUGCCACACCUGUCAGGUGGAUGGAUUAUCUUGGCGAAGGAGAAAUGUUCACUAACAGGGAUGUAAACCAAUUUGUGCACAAAAUUUGAGAGAAAUUAGCUUUUUGUGCGUAUGGAAAAAUUCUGGGAUAUUUUAUUUCAGCUCAUGAAACAUGGGACCAACACUUUACAUGUUGCGUUUAUAUUUUUGGUGUGUGUAUGUACAGUACCAGUCAAAAGUUUGGACACACCUACUCACUCAAGGGUUUGUCUUUAUUUUUACUAUUUUCUACAUUGUAGAAUAAUAGUGAAGACAUCAAAACUAUGAAAUAACACAUAUGGAAUCAUGUAGCAACCAACAAAGGGUUAAACAAAUCAAAAUAUAUUUUGGAUUUUAGAUUGUUCAAAGUAGCCACCCUUUGCCUUGAUGACAGCUUUGCACUCUCUUGGCAUUCUCUCAACCAGCUUCAUGAGAAAUGCUUUUCCAACAGUCUUGUUGGGUCAUUGUCCUGUUGAAAAACAAAUGAUAGUCCCGCUAAGCGCAAACCAGAUGGGAUGGCGUAUCGCUGCUGAAUGCUGUGGUAGCCAUGCUGGUUAAGUGUGCCUUGAAUUCUAAAUAAAUCACAGACAGUGUCACCAGCAAAGCACCAUCACACCUCCUCAUCCAUGCUUCAUGGUGGGAACCACACAUGCGGAGAUCAUCCGUUCACCUACUCUGGGUCUCACAAAGACACGGCAGUUGGAACCAAAAAUCUCAAAUUUGGACUCCAGACCAAAAGACAGAUUUCCACUGGUCUAAUGUCCAUUGCUUGUCUUUCUUGGCCAAAGCAGGUCUCUUCUUAUUCAUGUCCUUUAGUUGUGGUUUCUUUGCAGCAAUUCGACCAUGAAGGCCUGAUUCACGCAGUGUCCUCUGAACAGUUGAUGUUGAGAUGUGUCUGUUACUUGAACUCUGUGAAGCAUUUAUUUGGGCUGCAAUUUCUGAGGCUGGUAACUCGAAUGAACUUAUCCUCUGCAGCAGAGGUAACUCUGGGUCUUCCAUUCCUAUGGCGGUCCACAUGAGAGCCAGUUUCAUCAUAGCGCUUGAUGGUUUUUGCAACUGCACUUGAAGAAACUUUCAAAGUUCUUGAAAUGUUCAGUAUUUACUGACCUUCAUGUCUUAAGGUAAUGAUGGACUGUCGUUUCUCUUUGCUUAUUUGAGCUGUUCUUGCCUUAAUAUGGACUUGGUCUUUUACGAAAUAGGGCUAUCUUCUGUAUACCACCCUUACUUUGUCACAACACAACUGAUUGGCUCAAACGCAUUGAGGAAAGAAAUUCCACAAAUUAACUUUUAAGUAGGCACACCUGUUAAUUGAAAUGCAUUCUAGGUGACUACCUCAUGAAGCUGGUUUAGAGAAUGCCAAGAUUGUGCAAAGCUGUCAAGGCAAAGGGUGGCUAUUUGAAGAAUAUCAAAUAUCAAAUAGAUUUUGAUUUGUUUAACGCUUUUUUGGUUACUACAUGAUUCCAUAUGUGUUAUUUCAUAGUUUUGAUGUCUUCACUAUUAGUCUACAAUGUAGAAAAUAGUCAAAAUAAAGAAAAACCCUUGAAUGAGUAGGUGUGUGUGUAUUAUUAUUUAUUUAUUUCUUAAAUAUCCUGUGUUGUAGGCUUACUCUGGUCACUCAACAUUUUAUAAAGCGUAAAUAGUGCUCACUUUAGGGGCUGCAAAAGUACUUUACUAAUGAUUAGUAAAUGGUUUAUAAAUGUGGGCGUAAUGAUUCAUAAAUGGUGAACACACAAUUUAUAAAUGGUUUAUUAUGGACCCUUAAACUAGUGUUACCCAAGUGUUAUGAAUGUAAUGAAAGGAAAUUCCGGUUAAUAUGAUGAUGAUGAAGAAACCCUAACUCUGUGGUGUCCCUUUGCCCCUGCUGUAGAAGUUGCCUGUAGACCAGGGCGUUGAGCUGCUACAGGCGGUGUUGAACUACAAUACCAGAGACCCUCUCAUCCUGUCCUGUGUCCUCACCAACGUCUCCGUCCUCUUCCCCUUCGUCACACACCGACCUCACUUCCUGCCUCAGGUCCUCUACAAGGUGAACACACACCCAUGCGCACAAACGCACGCACACAGAUCUACAAUCUCUCUCCUGACCUUUUGUGGAUCGUGUCCACCUUUUUAAAUGAAACUGUUCUUCUUCUCCUUCCCAGCUGUUUGCCUCCAUCACAUUUGAGGUGGUAGAGGAGAGCAAGGUGAGCCGUCUUAAAUAUUCUUAGGAAGGACGACGGAUGUGUUCUUUGGGAUUGUAUAAAAGCGAUAGGUAUCCGAGGCUAAGUAGUCCAUCCAAUCAUCAGUCUGAUCUGGGAUGUCAUUUUCAGGCACCACGGACGCGUGCGGUGAAGAACGUCAGAAGACACGCCUGCUCCUCCAUCAUCAAGAUGUCUCGAGACUACCCACAAUUCAUUCUUGUAUGUGUCUGCGGUCAAGUUCAUCCUACUCCUAGAGAAGGCUCAUCCAGCGCUGUGCAGUAGAAAGGAACAGAUGCUUUAAGUAGAUACUGGUGACACAGUUGGCUAUGACUUUUAGAACCAGUGUACGGAUGUGUGCAAAUCUGUUGCUUCUUACAAGUGUAUGUGUAUCUGUGGGGGGAUGUUUGGGUGUGUCUGUUUUUCACCUAUAUCUCUCUCACACUCGCUCUCUCUGUCUCCAUGCAGCCGUGCUUUGACAUGAUGUAUAACCACGUGAAAAAGCUGUUCUCCAAUGAGGAUCUGUUGAACCUGCUGGAGAAGUGUGCUUUGAUGGAGGCCCUGGUCCUCAUCAGUAACCAGUUCAAAGACUACAACAAGCAGAAAAACUUCCUGGAGGAGCUAAUGGGCACCGUGGCUGCUCGCUGGACCUCCGAUGAGAUGAGGCAGUAUGUACACACGCGCUGUCUACACUGAACUGCUUACACGCACUGCAUGCACACAGACACACGUGCGCCCGCGCACACACACACACAACAUGCGUACAUACACAUACACGCUAUACACACAACUGUAUACACACACUUGCGCUGUAUAAUAAAAUGGUUGUUCUCUCUUUGUGUGUAUCAGUGUGCUGUGGGAUCCUGCUCUGUUCCUGGCCUUCGUUGGUGCUGAUCAGCUGGUGGCUGAAGGCACAGAACACACAACGGGCAUCAACAGGUCACGGGUAGGUGUGUGUGUGUGUGUGUGUGUGUGUGUGUGUGCGUUCAUGGCUAAGUACUAAAACUUAACAAUUCAACCAAUUCUGCCAAAACGUCAACUAUAUUGAAACGUUUCCUAUUCCUUGUUUGUCUCUCCCCCACCCUGCCCUCCAGUUGAGUUUCUGUGUAUACACCAUCCUGGGGGUGGUGAAGAGGGCCCGCUGGCCAGCUGACCUGGAGGAAGCGAAGGCUGGGGGCUUUGUAGUGGGCUACACCCCUAAUGGAGCCCCCAUCUACAGAAACCCCUGCAACACCCAGGUCCUGGCCCUGCUGCCCAACCUGCUCGCCCUCAUCAGGUUAGGGGAUGUGGUGGGGGUGCUGGAGAGAAAGACGGUGUGUUUGUGAUGAUGAUAGUGAUGGUGGUGAUAAGUGUUUGUGGUGGUGGUGAUGAUGAUACUGUUUGUGAUGAUGAUGGUAGUGUUUGUGGUGAUGAUGGUAGUGUUUGUGGUGGUGAUGAUGAUGAUAGUGUUUGAUGAUUUUGGUGGUGAUAGUGUUUGUGAUGAUGAUAGUGUUUGUGGUGGUGAUGAUGAUGAUGAUGAUAGUUUUUGUGAUUGUGGUGAUGAUGAUAGUGAUUGUGGUGAUGUUUGUGAUGGUGGUGAUGAUGAUAGUGUUUGGUGGUGAUGUUGAUGAUCGUGUUUGUGAUGAUGAUGAUGAUAGUGUUUGGUGGUGAUGAUAGUGAUUAUGAUGAUAGUGUUUGUGGUGAUGAGGAUGAUAGUUUUUGUGAUUGUGGUGAUGAUGAUAGUGUUUGUGAUUGUGGUGGUGGUGUUGAUGAUAGUGUUUGUGAUGGUGGUGAUGUUGAUAGUGUUUGAUGAUGGUAGUGUUUGGUGGUGAUGCUGGUGAUAGUGUUUGUGGUGGUGGUGAUGACAGUGUUUAUGAUGAUGGUGGUGGCGAUGAUAGUGUUUGAUUAUGAUAGUUUUUGUGAUUGUGGUGAUGAUGAUAGUGUUUGUGAUUGUGGUGAUGAUAGUGUUUGUGAUGGUGGUGGUGAUGAUGACGAUAGUGUUUGGUGAUGCUGAUGAUAGUGUUUGUGAUGAUGGUGUUUGAUGAUGAUAGUGUUUGAUGAUGGUGUUUGAUGAUGAUGAUGAUAGUGUUUGUGAUUAUGAUGAUAGUGUUUGGUGGUGAUGGUGUUUGGUGGUGAUGAUGAUGAUAGUGUUUGGUGGUGGUGAUGAUAGUGUUUGUGGUGAUGAUGGUGAUAGUGUUUGUGAUGAACAUGAUGAUAUAGAGGAUGAUGAUGAUGUUUCUCUGUAGAACCCACAACAGUCUGUUCCUGCCGGAGAACAUGUGUCGUCUGAGUGAGACGUUCUCCAGGGCCUACGACAUGAUAGAGGUGGAGAAGAACGUGGUUCUAGGUGAGAGGAACCACACUGAUUCACUGGUUCUGCACAGUACUGGUUUAGAAACCCUAUAUCACAGGUUGGUAACCUAUGGCUAAUAUUUCCCCCUUGAAGGAUAAUGAACAACCAUGAAUGUUAUGUGUCCUGACCUGUAGGCCUGCCUCAGCCAGCCCUGGACAUCUAUGACCCUCCAGUGUAUAAGACUCAUCUAGAGCGCAUGCAGGGAUUCUUCUGUACCCUCUACGACAACUGGUGAGUUCCUCACUUUGGAUAGUCUUCUGCUUCCUCUCUUUCUCCACACACCAACACAACCACACAGUCUCGCUCUCUUGUUCACCCCCCCACCCCCCUUUCUCUCGCGCUCUCUCUCUCUCUAGUUACCAUACCCUGGGGAAGGCAGGCCUAUCAUUGCAGCAGGACUUCUACACCAUCGAGGGAUUGGCUGAACAGAUUGUUGGUUCUGCCUUCGUCUCCCUCGACAACGUGCCUGACCACAGACUCCGCACCAUGAUCCAUAUCCUUCUGUUCCAUUAGAGCUGCCAAUCACAUAGGAGCUCUUGACUAAUUCAAUAUAUACUGAACAAAAAUAUGAACGCAACAUGCAACAAUUUCAACGAUUUUACUGAGUUACAGUUCAUAUAAGGAAAUCAGUCAAUUGAAAUGAAUUCAUUAGGCCCUAAUCUAUGGGUUUCACAUGACUGAGCAGGAGCGCAGCCAUGGGUGGGCCUGGGAGGGCAUAGGCUCACCCACUGGGGAGCCAGGCCCAGCCAAUCAGAAUGAGUUUUUCCCCACAGAAGGGCUUUAUUACGGACACAAAUACUCCUCAGUUUCAUCAGCUGUCCGGGUGGCUGGUCUCAGACAAUCCCGCAGGUGAAGAUGCCGGAUGUGGAGGUCCUGGGCUGACGUGGUUACAUGUGGUCGGUGGUUGUGAGGCCUGAUGGACAUACUGCCAAAUUCUCUAAAACGACAUAUGAUCGAGAAAUGAACAUUCAAUUCUCUGGCAACAGCUCUGUUGGGCAUUCGUGCAGUCAGCAUGCAAAAUGCAUGCUCCCUCGAAACUUGAGACAUCUGUGGCAUUGUGUUGCAUAUUUUAGAGUUUUAUUGUCAUCAGCACAAGGUGCACCUGUGUAAUGAUCAUGUUGUUGAAUCAGAUUCUUGAUAUACCACACCUGUCAGGUGGAUGGAUUAUCUUGGCAAAGGAGAAAUGGUCACUAACAGGGAUAUAAACAAAUGUAUGCACAAAAAGUGAGAGAAAUAAGCUUUUUGUGCGUAUGGAACAAUUCAGUGAUCCUAAGAUUUUUGUUAAGUGUACAGUUGUGGUCAAAAGUAUUGGUCUUCACAAAGUUUGCUGCUUCAGUGUUUUAAGAUAUUUUUGUCAGAUGUUACUAUGGUAUACUGAAGUAUAAUUACAAGCAUUCCAUAAGUGUCAAAGGCUUCUAUUGACAAUUACAUUAAGUUUAUGCAAAGAGUCAAUAUUUGCAGUGUUGACCCUUCUUUUUCAAGACCUCUGCAAUCCGCCCUGGCAUGCUGUCAAUUAACUUCUGGGCCACAUCCUGACUGAUCGCAGCCCAUUCUUGCAUAAUCAAUGCUUGGAGUUUGUCAGAAUUUGUGGGUUUUUGUUUGUCCACCCGCCUCUUGAGGAUUGACCACAAGUUCUCAAUAGGAUUAAGGUCUGGGGAGUUUCCUGGCCAUGGACCCAAAAUGUCGAUGUUUUGUUCCCCGAGCCACUUAGUUAUCACGUUUGCCUUAUGGCAAGGUGCUCCAUCAUGCUGGAAAAGGCAUUGUUCGUCACCAAACUGUUAUUGGAUGGUUGGGAGAAGUUGCUCUCGGAGGAUGUGUUGGUACCAUUCUUUAUUCAUGGCUGUGUUCUUAGGCAAAAUUGUGAGUGAGCCCACUCCCUUGGCUGAGAAGCAACCCCACACAGGAUGGUCUCAGGAUGCUUUACUGUUGGCAUGACACAGGACUGAUGGUAGGGCUCACCUUGUCUUCUCCGGACAAGCUUUUAUCCGGAUGCCCCAAACAAUCAGAAAGGGGAUUCAUCAGAGUAAAUGACUUUACCCCAGUCCUCAGCAGUGCAAUCCCUGUACCUUUUGCAGAAUAUCAGUCUGUCCCUGAUGUUUUUCCUGGAGAGAAGUGACUUCCUCGCUGCCCUUCUUGAUACCAGGCCAUCCUCCAAAAGUAUUUGCUUCACUGUGCGUGCAGAUGCACUCACACCUGCCUGCUGCCAUUCCUGAGCAAGCUCUGCACUGGUGGUGCCCUGAUUCCGCAGCUGAAUCAACUUUAGGAGACGGUCCUGGCGCUUGCUGGACUUUCUUGGGCGCCCUGAAGCCUUCUUCACAACAAUUGAACCUCUCUCCUUGAAGUUCUUGAUGAUCCGAUAAAUGGUUGAUUUAGGUGCAAUCUUACUAGCAGCAAUAUCCUUGCCUGUGAAGCCCUUUUUGUGCAAAGCAAUGAUGACGGCACGUGUUUCCUUGCAGGUAACCAUGGUUAACAGAGGAAGAACAAUGAUUUCAAGCACCACCCUCCUUUUAAAGCUUCCAGUCUGUUAUUCUAACUCAAUCAACAUGACAGAAUGAUCUCCAUCCUUGUCCUCGUCAACACACUCACCUGUGUUAAUGAGAGAAUCACUGACAUGAUGUCAGCUGGUCCUUUUGUGGCAGGGCUGAAAUGUAGUGGAAAUGUUUUUGGGGGAUUAAGUUCAUUUUCAUGGCAAAUAGGGACUUUGCAAUUAAUCUGUUCACUCUUCAUAACAUUCUGGAGUAUAUGCAAAUUGCCAGCAGACAUUGUGAAAAUUAAUAUUUGUGUCAUUCUCAAAACUUUUGACCACGACUGUAUAUAUACUUUUUCUUCAGACAAAAAGGAAUAUAAUGUCAUUGUUAGUGAUCAAAUACAUUGAUAUAGCACUGACUUUACAUGUGCAGUAUCUAUUCAAUCAACCGGUGUUCCUUAACGUGUGUGUACGGGUGUUCCUGAAGCAGCUGGUGGUGUCGUGUCCACAGGAGUGCUACGACAGUCUGCUCUGCCCCCUGCUGGGCCCUCUGUUCGCCUACAUGCUACAGGUCCGAACUCGCACACUUUUUCCCCUUGCACCUGUGAAGUAAAAUACCAAAAAGGAGAGCUUCUUUGCAUGUAAAAAGGAAAUAAUGUACUCACAUAGCAAAAAAGGUUAACUGUGGUACAACUACCAAACAAAUGAAAAGAAAUCAGAGGCUGAUCAAACACUCAGCAUGCUUAUUGUCAUUGGCACUAGUAAUCGGUCACGAUUAAUAAGAAAUAGGACGACUCAUCAUGUGACGUGUUUGUCUCUCUGUGUUUAUGUAUACAGAGACUCCAUCUCAGGUGGCAGAUCAUCAACCAGAGGAGUACUGUCAGGUAAGAUGCAUCCAUCCGUGCGUCCCUAUGAAGGCAUGUGGUCCCUUUGAAGGCAUAGGUUUUCUUUCUAUUUUUGUGCUGGUGGUAUGUUGACAAUGUCCCUGUGUGUGUGUGUGUGUGUGUGUAGUGGGGAGGAGGACGAGUCGUGUGAGGAGAAUCAGGAGAUGCUUGAGGAGCAGCUGGUUCGGCUGCUCACCAGAGAGGUUCUGGACCUGCUCAGUAAGUCCACACUUUUGGUAAAGGUCAGAUUAUUGGGAUGCAGGGAGCGAAUAAGUAGCACUUUCAAUUAUAGGCCUUUACGGGUCCCAAAAAAUAACUCCAUUCAGAAUAGGAAGUAGCAGCCUACCGGUUGGCUGUUGGUCAUUGUAACCUAUCCUUCUCCUUUAACUUUUAAUUCCUUAAUUUUAAUUCCAUCUUCCAAUUAUUUAGAUAUCUCCUAACUAUUGCCACACACAGAGGCUCUAUGACUGUUAGCCUAUUGCCGCUUUGAUGACUUAUGAUUGGCCAACAACAAGUUACACACACCACUCUGGUGAAAAUCAGGAGCAGCAGCAUAAAUUACACCCUUUCUCUCUUCUUCAGCAGUCGGCUCUGUACAGUCGUGGUCAAAAGGUUUGAGAAUGACACAAAUUUUACUUUUCACAAAGUCUGCUGCCUCAGUUUUUAUGAUGGCAAUUUGCAUAUACUCCAGAAUGUUAUGAAGAGUGAUCAGAUGAAUUGCAAUUAAUUGCAAAGUCCCUCUUUGCCAUGAAAAUGAACUUAAUCCCCCAAAAAACAUUUCCACUGCAUUUCAGCCCUGCCACAAUAGGACCAGCUGACAUCAUGUCAGUGAUUAUCUCGUUAACACAGGUGAGAGUGUUGACGAGGACAAGGAUGGAGAUCAUUCUGUCAUGUUGAUUGAGUUAGAAUAACAGACUGGAAGCUUUAAAAGGAUGGUGGUGCUUGAAAUCAUUGUUCUUCCUCUGUUAACCAUGGUUACCUGCAAGGAAACACGUGCCGUCAUCAUUGCUUUGCACAAAAAGGGCUUCACAGGCAUGGAUAUUGCUGCUAAUAAGAUUGCACCUAAAUCAACCAUUUAUCGGAUCAUCAAGAACUUCAAGGAGAGAGGUUCAAUUGUUGUGAAGAAGGCUUCAGGGCGCCCAAGAAAGUUCAGCAAGCGCCAGGACCGUCUCCUAAAGUUGGUUCAGCUGCGGAAUUGGGGCACCACCAGUGCAGAGCUUGCUCAGGAAUGGCAGCAGGCAGGUGUGAGUGCAUCUGCACGCACAGUGAGGCAAAGACUUUUGGAGGAUGGCCUGGUGUCAAGAAGGGCAGCGAGGAAGCCACUUCUCUCCAGGAAAAACAUAAUGGACAGACUGAUAUUGUGCAAAAGGUACAGGGAUUGGACUGCUGAGGACUGGGGUAAAGUCAUUUUCUCUGAUGAAUCCCCUUUCUGAUUGUUUGGGGCAUCCGGAUAAAAGCUUGUCCGGAGAAGAAUAGGUUAGUGCUACCAUCAGUCCUGUGUCAUGCCAACAGUAAAGCAUCCUGAGACCAUUCAUGUGUGGGGUUGCUUCUCAGCCAAGGGAGUGGGCUCAAUCACAAUUUUGCCUAAGAACACAGCCAUGAAUAAAGAAUGGUACCAACACAUCCUCCGAGAGCAACUUCUCCUAAACAUCCAAUAACAGUUUGGUGACGAACAAUGCCUUUUCCAGAAUGAUGGAGCACCUUGCCAUAAGGCAAAAGUGAUAACUAAGUGGCUCGGGGAACAAAACAUCGACAUUUUGGGUCCAUGGCCAGGAAACUCCCCAGACCUUAAUCCCAUUGAGAACUUGUGGUCAACCCUCAAGAGGCGGGUGGACAAACAAAAACCCACAAAUUCUGACAAACUCCAAGCAUUGAUUAUGCAAGAAUGGGCUGCGAUCAGUUAGGAUGUGGCCCAGAAGUUAAUUGACAGCAUGCCAGGGCGGAUUGCAGAGGUCUUGAAAAAGAAGGGUCAACACUGCAAAUAUUGACUCUUUGCAUAAACGUAAUGUAAUUGCCAAUAAAAGCCUUUGACACUUAUGGAAUGUUUGUAAUUAUACUUCAGUAUACCAUAGUAACAUCUGACAAAAAUAUCUAAAAACACUGAAGCAGCAAACUUUGUGAAGACCAAUACUUGUGUCAUUCUCAAAACGUUUGACCACGACUGUACGUGUCCUUGAGGACAAGUCAGUUAAAAUUACACAUACCCGAGACAAUUGACAAUCAGAUCCAACCCAGACCCAUUACAUUAUUUCUGGACCCUCUCGGGUAUUCGGGUACAUUGUGGAUCUGUGAAGACCUAUACUUUCUAUUUAGUUUCUCCAUUGAGCAUGUUUUUUUGGGGGGGGGCCAGGAGAAGGAUUAUUCUAGUUCCGGGAAACUGGCCCUAUGAAUUUAGUUCUGCUGCACAUCCAGAUUUGAUAGAUUUGGGGUAUAUGGGUUUUAUUUCAGUCUAGCCAUGUGUCCUAACAUUGAUCCUUUCCCAUCAGCUCACGCCUGCAUAAUGAAAAAAGUGCCUGAGCCAGCAGGGAAUAAGGAGGAUGUGGAUGGUGAGUGUUCACUUGUUUUGUAGGGAAGAAAAGUAUUACUCAGGGUCCACCCUCUUCUCACUCUUCCUCUUCUUUUUAUGUCCUAUCGUGUGUGUGUGUGUAUAUAGAGGAGGAGAUGAUGUCCACUGAGUCCCAGGCAGUCGCUGCCUCUCCAGCCCAGCCAACAGGCGAACUGACGGAGCUGGGGAAGUGUCUUCUCAAACACGAGGUCAGCAGAACACACAUACACACUGGAGUAACUACAGCAUCUACCCAUGGCAGUAUGACAAGUCUCUUUCCCUCUCCCUCUGCAGGACAUCUAUAUGACCUUGUUGACCAUCUCAUUCACCUCGCUAUCCUGGAAGGACACCAGUAAUUGUCACCGCACUGCCUCCAUCGUGUGCUGGACCCUGCUACGACAGGUAGGCUACACACAGGACAGGCAGCAACUCUCCAUCUUUAGCACUCCCUAUCCAUGUUAUCUUCCUUCCUUCCUCCCCUCCCUCCCUCCCCCCUUCCUCCUUCAAACCCUCCCUCCCCUCUUCCUCCCCUCCCUCCCCUCUUCCUCCAUUCCCUCCCCUCUUCCUCCAUUCCCUCCCCUCUUCCUCCAUUCCCUCCCCUCCUUCUCUCCCUCCCCUCCCCUCCUUCUCUCCCUCCCAUCCCCUCCUUCCUUCCCUGUGCCUGUUUCUCCCCCUCCCUCCAUCUUUCCCCCUCCCUCCGUCUCUCUCUGACUCUGUUGUUGUGUUCAGGUCGUAGGAGGGAACCUUUUGCCAGAGGCGGUCACAUGGUUCUAUACCAGUGUUCUGAAGGGACUGCAGAUGCAUGGGCAGCAUGAGAUCUGCAACUCAGCCCUCACACAACUGGCUCUGCUUAUGUACGAGAACCUGGUGAGUGUCACACUCUCUCUCCCUCCUCCUAACUCUUCCUUCCUCACCUCCCUGGGUCAGCGGCCGUGGUACAUGGAGCUAAGGGCCAUGAUGACUCAGACCCCAACGUCACUCACUCUUCCCUGUCUCCUCCUCCGCUCCUCCCUUCCUCUCCAACUAACCCUUUCCUCUCUUCCUCCCUGCCUGGGUCAGCGGCCGCGGUACAUGGAGCUAAGAGACGUGAUGACUCAGAUCCCCGACAUCAAUCUGGAGGCUCUAGACCAGUACGACCAGCGGCUGCUGGAGCCCAGCUCUGCUCAGAGGUUGGGAGAGAAGAAGAGGAAGGACCAGUUCAAGAAGCUCAUUGCUGGCACUGUGGGGGUAAUGCCGCCGCCCGCCACUAGGGGGAUGGUUCUACUGUAAAAUGACCUACAGAAAAGACCUUGGAAUAAUGUCUGAAAUGUGUCCAUUGUGACUUUUGAAAUUAGUUUUUAAUUAUAGGAUAUAAGUUAUACUUUAUUGGCGAGUGCUGUCAGUAUUUGUUUUAAUAAGUUUAAUUGAAUAUGGCCUGCACACUCAUAUGUAACAAGACAACCAUUCAAUCCAAACCGAUUCUUCUAAAUUGUUCUUGAUCUCUCCUCCCCACAGAAAGCUCUGGGCCAGCAGUUCAAAAAGGAGGUACAUAUCCGAAAUCUUCCGUCUCUCUUUAAGAAGCCCAAGCCUGAGAAAAGGGACAUUCUGGAGACCAGUGAGAGUGGAGCACUAGCAGCUCUCUUCUCCCCAGUACUGGACGGCAUCUAG